AUGGAGAAGUGCAAGAACACCACGGCCGGCACCUCUCAAUGCGGCUCCAGUGCAACGCCCAUGGAAUGCUACAUGGUACUUGACAAUUCAGCUCAGACUGUCAUUGCCGUGCUCUGUUACAGCGUUGGGAGCCUUUGUAUCUUGGAGAACUGUUUGGUGCUAUACCUCAUAUUUUCUUCCCCCAAGAUCCGGAACAAGCCUUCCUACCUCUUCCUUAGCAGCCUGGCCUUGGCAGACACGCUAGCCAGCAUGAUAUUUGUCUGUAGCUUUGUCGCCUUCCAUGUUUUCAAUAAGAUUGAUUCAUCAAAGGACAUCUUCUUGCUAAAACUUGGAGGGGUCAACACGUCUUUCACAGCCUCCCUCGGCAGCCUGCUGCUGAUGGCCUUUGACCGCUACAUCUGUAUCCUCAGGCCGACAGAGUAUAAAGUCCUUGUCACGAGCAGAAGAGCUGUGGUGGCCCUGGUGAUGCUGUGGGUCAUCAUCAUGCUAAUUGCUUUCCUGCCGUUGCUGGGAUGGAACUGCUGCCACCUCAGCUCCCCCUGCUCCGAGCUGUUUCCUUUUGUCGACAACAAAUAUCUCUCAAGUUGGAUUGUCUUGGUGGCCAUCCUUCUGAUAUUUAUUGUCUAUGCCUACAUGAAUGUUCUUUGGAAGGCCCGCAAGCAUGUGGUGUACAUGGAAAAGUACCACAUUCAAACAGGCCAGCAGAACACAAAGGUGAGACUAGAUGUCACGCUUGCCAAGACCUUAGUGAUUGUCCUGGUGGUUCUUGUGAUGUGCUGGUCACCAGCCUUGGCUCUCAUGACUUACAGCAUCUUUGCCGAACUAGACAACUCCAUAAAGCAAGCGUUUGCCUUCUGCAGCACACUCUGUCUGGUGAACUCUAUGGUGAACCCCGCUAUCUAUGCCCUAAGGAGUAGGGAGUUGUGCUCCUCCCUGAAGAGAGUCUGCUCCUGUUUUGGAAGACUGCUGGGUGUAUCUGAGAGCAACCCAGAAGUGGAGAGCACUCAGAAGUCCUGCCCAAUCGAAACCAUUUGCGAUUAA